AUGCCCCAAAGGCGCUACCACAAUAAGAGCCGACAUGGCUGUUUGCAGUGUAAGAAUAAUCGCACAAAGUGCGACGAAGAUAGACCCCAAUGUGGCCGAUGCAGAAGAAUAGGUUCGGCUUGCUCGUUAGCUACUCAGCCAGCGAAUCUGGUAUUCGUCGCACCCAGAAAUGAGAUGCCUUCAAAUCAGGCCAGAGACGACUCAUCUCGUAUCAAUCACCAAUCAUCUAGCAUUUCCGACGGAUAUAGCAGCCAAUUCCCUACCGAUUUGAUUUCUGUUGCAGCUUCCACGCCUGGUACGGAACACUCUGACAUGGAAUGUGACUUUACAGAUACAGAAAAAGAACGGCUGAGGUUAAUGAAUCACUACGCUUUACACACAUCAAGAAGUAUCACGGACGUCAUCAUACCACGAGACCAAAUCCAAUCGUUAUGGGGAGAGUGGGUUACUGAGCUGGCUUUCAAACACAACUUUCUGUUGCACGGCCUUUUGGGAUUGAGUGCCUUACACUUGGCUCUUGAGGGGGUUUCACCACAGAGACACACGGUCAUGGCUAUCCAACAUCAUGAUCUCGGUGUCGCAAUGUUUCGGCCACACCUUUCUAAUAUCACACCCGAAAAUCAUGAUGCUGUUUUUGCAUUCUCGUGCGUUGUCGUCCUCUAUACUUUUGGGAUCCAGCGUCCCUCUGAGCCUACAGAAGAUCCUAUCGACAGGCUUCACCAGGUCUUCUCUCUCAUUCGAGGAUCAUCCUUUCUCGUCAAAGCUGAUCACGAAACCAUGGUACGUAGUCGUUGGUCCGCCCUGAUGUUGCCACAUCCGUUUCCACCGACGGUGCUUUCAGCUGAGCUCGAAGAUGUGCUAAGCAAACUCCUUUCACGCGCUACAAUGGCGCCCGAAGCCGCUCGCAUGGGUAUAUAUGAACCGACUAUACAAACUUUGAGACACAGCCUUGCAAUGGCAAUAAUGUAUCGCCGCAUCAAAAUGACAUUUUCAUAUUUCGCUGUUAUUUGCCCGUCAGAGUUCUGGUCAAUGGUGCGCAUUGGCGAGCCCUUGGCUCUGGCCAUUCUAGCCAAUUACGCAGUUACACUCGACUGGCUGCGGAGAAACAUAUGGAUGGCAUACUGGGGGAGAGAAAUAGUUGUUGCCGUUCGUAAGGCAUUGCCGCUAGACUGGCACGAAUGUAUUGCCUGGGCUGUCCAAGAAACGGAACGCCCAUCUGAAUUAGAUGGGCUCGGGCGUUACUCAGCAUCAACAUCAGAUCCACUGCAAGAGAAUGAUCAGAUUACCACCUCAUUGGCAUUAUAA